GUACGGACGCACCGAACAGGCCCUAAUCCUCAAGGAAGGCGACGCAACACCGACUUUUUUGUGCAAAACAUCGCAACUGUUUGCAGUAUCCAUCUCUAUGAAGCAAAUCUAUCAAAGCAGCAGAUAUUCGGGACGACUCAGGGGCUUUGUCCGAUGAAUUGGGGGGUCGGGGGGGAUAAGGAAGGAAGGAGAUAUAUAUGUACUGUACCAUCGCAAGAAAAAAAAGAGUCCGCUGACAGAUUGCAGUUACAUACACGGAGCAUUAUUGAACACCUUCAUCAUUACUGUAGUGACUGGGCUGUUCUUUGAAUCAAAUCCUGAUAUUAAGCUAUCCGCCCGCCCCCUCUCCUUUCCAUGAAGCCUGGUCCCAGCCGGUAAUUAAGUCGGCGUCUUACAUACAUAAAAAACUACUGUCCCUAGGGGGUAAGUAUCGGACCAGCACGGCAUCUGGCUUACGGUCUGACAACGGGUGCGGGAAUACGGGAAAUCAGUCCCGCGCGAAAGACCUCAACCUUAACAGAGUCUAUAUCGAGUCAUCGACGUUGUCCUGCGUAUGUAUGCAUGGAUGUGGUGAAAUCGGCGAAGUUAAAACGGAUCUUAUGCCAGACCAAUCCUGCUGAUUGGCCAAUUCCCCUGCCAACCUUCUAAGUCUCUGGCUUGAGAUUAAACAGGUGCCGACUCCCUGCUGUCGCGCAGCUUAGGUUGCCGAGUGGACAUAUAUCGUCAACCUGUACUGUACGUCAUAAUAUCCCUGCCUAUAAAACUUCAGGGCGACCCCCAGUUCUGCUGAGGAUGGGGCUGGGCUGGUCUUCUGACAUAGUUACUCUUCUUCAUCUUGGAUCUCCAUCAGAUAACUAUUCUGCGCCGCUCAGCUGUCCAUUACUCUUCAUGGUUGAAAUAACAUCCUUUCAUGGGUCCCUACUUAUGCUGACCGAGGGCCUGACAAUUUCUUCAUGUCACAUCGCUGUUGCAUUCAAAAUCUCCGUGAACAGAAUUUGGGCCGUGCCAGCAUGGGGAGUGUUGGGUGGAUGGAUGUACUAUAAGUACCCCUCCCCGCGGAUUGAUAAUGGAUGCCUCUUGUUAAACGAGAGUUGAAAUACAAACCGCCUUGAUCCCACCUCCCUUACAUCUGUGCCCACAAGCUCCGGUAACAUGUUGUUUUCCACAGUCUUCCUCAAGUAUGCUGUUGUUCUCCUGGCCACGCGAGCUGCGCCCCUGCCGACGACUGUGACUGGCUUUGAGCCCGAGCCUCGCCAUAUCUGUUUUGAUGAAACUCCCAAGCUGCAUUGCUAUAAUGGAGGGAAUGACAUCCCGCAGAAUGUCGCAGCAGAAGAUGUCAGCUUCAUCGCAAGCUAUCUGCGUGCCUAUGGUCGGCAGACUAGAAUUGGUCGAUUGUUCACCAUGAAGGCGGCCGAUGCGCCUGACUGUGGAGAAUGGGUUCUGUAUGCGCGUGGCACAGCAGCAGCCUACGCCAAAAAGAUCAACAUGACAUAUGACUCGUCGAUCCUCUUUGCCGAUAUUGCAGACACCAUCGAUGGUGGCAAGAAGCUGGAGGCUGACAGCAUCCUCAAGUGCAACGCUGAUGGUGGUUCCCUUGGUACACAGAUCGCAGAUCUGGCUGCUCCAGCGUACUUGACUAAAGAAUAUGUCGAUGGCCACUUCAAGCCGGACGGCAUUAUCAUAAAGAUCGUAUCGAACAAAGCGCUUUAGCUUGCGAAGAACAACGUUAACGGGCUUUCUCUUAUAUGGGAUGUAUUGUAGUGAAAACUUGACUCUGGUGGCUUAAAUGGGUGGCUGUUAUUGGAAUUAUUACUCUAGGGCCUAAAGCCAUCAUUUCAUUCGAUGAAGUUCUAAGCUAAAUUCAGUUUAGCUCCAUGGAGGGGUGAAAUAUCAUGAAUGAAGUUUAUACUACGAUAAGCUGCUCUUCACUCAGUAAAUAAAACUACCAUCGCUCCAGUGGCCUACAUAUACAAAGGAAAGCAACAUGUCAGAACAGGGAAAUACAAGGAAUUUAAAAAGGGGUAUCAUACAGAAAAAAGUGGAGGGUGUUAGCAGAUAAAGUAUUCGAGAUAUCAAUGCUGCUAAUUUCUUGUGAUAUCAAACUGUUGGGUAGAAUGAUAUCAGGUCAUCCAUUAUAGCGUGAUGGAAAUGCCUUGUUUGAUUUUCUGCCGUAGGAGUCUCUUGGGGUACAAGAUUGAUAGGUGACUGGACUGGAUGGAGAGAUUGUGUUGAAGACGGAACGAAAGAGCUGUACUGCUGCACACCUAUAUAUAUACCCUGUGUGCUGGAUUGGAAAAGUGAUGGUGCAGGCGUCAGUCUGCCUUUGGCGCCGCCCAGCUACGCCGCGGAUGUGAGACUGAGCACAAAACCUCGUCGUUGAGUGGCAUGGGAGGCGUGUCCUUCCAGAGGCCCUAUCUAUACCCCACGGGUGAGGGGCGAUCUGCGAAGGGGCUCGGAGUGAGCCCCUCCCGCUGCGCCGCGAUAACCUAGUGUCUUCGAGCUUACCAGCGGCCGAAAGGUGAUAUCCAAUGAAGACCGUGUUUACCGUGCAUCCACAA